AUGCCGAAACGCAUCAUCAUCGACACCGACCCGGGAGUCGACGACAUCCUCGCGCUACUGCUAGCCUUCUCUUCCUCCGCAGAGGAGCUACAGGUGCUGCUCGUCUCGCUGACGUUCGGCAACAUCGAAAUCAGAAAGGAAGUAGAGAGCCAUUAUACAUGUCUACGCAACGCGGUGUCUGUGUUCCACGUGGUUGAAAAGGAGCUUGCGUGGCGCCGCGAGCGAGGACUCGCGCCCGGCUUCGAGGCGCUGCGGGCAUGCAAGCCUAUCGUCGCGUGUGGUGCGGACAGGGCGCUGGACAGCGAGCCGGUGGACGCAGGGUACUUCCACGGCUUUGACGGACUAGGCAACGUCCACACCAAGAUACAUGCUGACGAGCAGUGCCCGCACCUGUCGGCGGAAGAGUCCUACGAGGCGCUGUUUGCCCCAGGCUCCGCGGACGGAACGGCGGCAAGCGUGCGGGAGCUGGAGGCGGCGGGCGAGCAGGGAGGGGACAGGCUGUACACGCCGUCCCGCGAGCUGGCGCACCGGGAGAUGCUGCGCCUGCUGCGCGAGAACGACGCAGGGACCAUCACGAUCGUGGCCGUGGGGCCGCUGACCAACCUCGCGCUGGCCGCGGCGGAGGACCUGGACGCCUUCCUGCGGGCCAAGGAGGUGGUCAUCAUGGGCGGCGCCAUCGACGAGCCAGGCAACGUGCGUAACGCCGUUUGCGGAGUUCAACGUGUUUGCCGACCCGGUGGCCGCCGCACGGGUGCUUGCGCUGACGUCGAGCCGGCCGCGACUGAGCUCGGCGGCCUCGCCGACGCUGCCGUGCCCGCCCGGACGCCUGGACCGGCCGCUGACGCUGAAGAUGGCGCCGCUGGACCUGACGCACAGGCACAACUUCACGCCCUCUGCGUUCCGCGCGGCGAUACAGCCACGGCUAUCCGCCGGCUCGCCGGUGGCGGAGCUGGUGUCGACGGUGGUGGAGCACACGUUCGACACGAUCCGGGCGCUGCGUCUGGCGCGGCAGGGGAGGGAGGCGGUGGAGGGGGAGGAGGAGAUGAGCCUGCACGACCCGGUGUGCGUGUGGUACGUGCUGACGGGCGGGGGGUGGCGGUGGAGCGAGCGCGACGUCAGGGUCGAGACGCGGGGGCAGUGGACGCGGGGGAUGACGGUGGUGGACAGGCGGGUCAGGGCGGAGAUGGACACGGCGGAAGCAGAAGAAGCGGAGGCCCGGGAGGACGACCGCGGCUGGUGGAGGGUCGGGGCAAACCGGGUGGGCGUGCUGGAAGAGGGACCCGGCUUACUAAGCGAGGAUCUCCUGGCGCGGUUAGAGAAGUAGUGGUAGAGCGGUGGUGCAGCAGCUGA